GUACAAGGUAAAGUUGUGUUUUCUUUCAUCUUUCUUUUAUUUCGAGGCAACCGAAAUUUUCGGUUCUUGACAUUUGCAGAUCGAGGGAGACAAAAUGCCACGUGAAAUUAAAGAAAUUAAAGAUUUCCUUCUGAAAGCAAGGAGGAAGGAUGCUAAAUCUGUUAAAAUAAAGAAGAACCCCGAUAACGUAAAGUUCAAGGUACGUUGCUCCAGGUUUCUGUACACAUUGGUCAUUACUGAUAAAGAGAAGGCCGAGAAGCUCAAGCAAUCUUUGCCACCAGGUCUCCAAGUUAAAGAAGUCAAGUGAAUGUACAUUAUAUGAUUACGAAAUAAAACAAAAUGUAAAAAAUUAA